GCUGUCUACAAGCUGGCGGACGUGGCCUGCAAGUGCCACGGUGUGUCGGGCUCCUGCAGCCUCAAGACCUGCUGGCUGCAGCUGGCUGACUUCCGCAAGGUGGGCGACCUGCUGAAGGAGAAGUACGACAGCGCCGCUGCCAUGAGGAUCAGUCGCAAGGGCAAGCUGGAGCUGGUGAACAAUCGUUUCAACAUGCCGACUCAAGAGGACCUGGUCUACGUUGACCCCAGCCCGGACUAUUGCUUGCGCAAUGAGACCACUGGUUCGCUGGGCACUCAGGGCCGGCUGUGCAACAAGACCUCAGAGGGCAUGGAUGGGUGUGAGCUGAUGUGCUGCGGACGGGGUUAUGACCAGUUCAAGAGCGUCCAGGUGGAGCGUUGCCACUGCAAGUUCCAUUGGUGCUGUUAUGUCAAGUGUAAAAAGUGCACAGAGAUCGUCGACCAGUACGUCUGUAAAUGAAAAGAGCCACCAAAGCAACAAAUCUAUAUUAUAUAAAUCUAUAUAAAUAUAUUUUAUAUUUGUAUAAAUAAACAGAUGAUGAUAAUAAUUAAAGAAGCUUAUUUAAGAGACAUUUUUGGUUUUGAAAUUUCCCCCAAUCAGGCCGGCUGCUUUGCC